GCCGCAGACGGGAAGGACAAGAUGGCGGCGACAACGACGAUGGCGCUGGGCACGGAGUCCAUCAAGAUGGAAAACGGGCAGAGCACGGCAGCCAAGCUGGGGCUGCCCCCUCUCACCCCAGAGCAGCAGGAAGCUCUCCAGAAGGCCAAGAAGUAUGCCAUGGAGCAGAGCAUCAAGAGCGUGCUGGUCAAACAAACCAUCGCCCACCAGCAGCAGCAGCUCACCAACCUGCAGAUGGCAGCAGUGACAAUGGGCUUUGGAGAUCCUCUCUCACCUUUACAAUCGAUGGCGGCUCAGAGGCAGCGGGCACUCGCCAUCAUGUGCCGGGUCUACGUGGGCUCCAUCUACUACGAGCUGGGCGAGGACACGAUCCGCCAGGCGUUCGCCCCCUUCGGGCCCAUCAAGAGCAUCGACAUGUCCUGGGACUCGGUCACCAUGAAGCACAAGGGCUUUGCCUUUGUGGAGUACGAGGUUCCUGAGGCUGCACAGCUGGCCCUGGAGCAGAUGAACUCGGUCAUGCUGGGGGGAAGGAACAUCAAGGUGGGGAGGCCCAGUAACAUCGGGCAGGCCCAGCCCAUCAUUGACCAGCUGGCAGAGGAGGCCCGGGCCUUCAACCGCAUCUACGUGGCCUCGGUGCACCAGGACCUGUCCGACGACGACAUCAAGAGCGUCUUCGAGGCCUUCGGCAAAAUCAAAUCGUGCACCCUGGCCCGGGACCCCACCACGGGCAAGCACAAAGGCUACGGCUUCAUUGAGUACGAGAAGGCGCAGUCGUCGCAGGACGCCGUGUCCUCCAUGAACCUCUUUGACCUGGGGGGGCAGUACCUGCGCGUGGGCAAGGCCGUCACCCCCCCCAUGCCCCUGCUCACCCCCGCCACACCUGGGGGGCUCCCACCUGCGGCUGCCGUGGCUGCGGCUGCUGCCACCGCCAAGAUCACGGCCCAGGAAGCCGUGGCAGGAGCUGCAGUGCUGGGCACGCUGGCCACACCUGGGCUCGUGUCACCUGCCCUGACCCUGGCCCAGCCCCUGGGGGCUCUGCCCCAGGCUGUGAUGGCUGCACAGGCCCCCGGUGUCAUCACAGGUGAGUCCUUCCAGUCACCUGUGUCCCUUCCUGCUGUCACCUGUGUGUGUCCCCUCCUGCUGUCACCUAAACUGCUGCGCAAGCAGGAGGUGAGACAGGUGGGACAGGUGUGACAGUUGUGGGACAGGUGAGGGACAGGUGGGACAGGUGUGGGACAGGUGAGGGACAGGCAGGAGCACAUGAGCAUCUCGGGCAGUAGUGCCCGCCACAUGGUCAUGCAGAAACUGCUGCGCAAGCAGGAGUCCACGGUGAUGGUGCUGCGGAACAUGGUGGACCCCAAGGACAUCGACGAUGACCUGGAGGGGGAGGUGACGGAGGAGUGUGGCAAGUUCGGGGCCGUGAACAGAGUGAUCAUCUACCAGGAGAAGCAGGGCGAGGAGGAGGACGCCGAGAUCAUCGUCAAGAUCUUCGUGGAGUUCUCCAUGGCCUCCGAGACCCACAAAGCCAUCCAGGCGCUCAACGGCCGCUGGUUCGCCGGCAGGAAGGUGGUGGCCGAGGUCUACGACCAGGAGAGGUUCGACAACAGCGACCUGUCGGCCUGAGCUGGGCCCGGGGCUGGGGAGCAGCCCCAAACUGAGCCUAGGGCUGGGCUUGGGAUGGGGAACAACCCCAAAUCUGAGCCUAGGCUGGGGAACAGCCCCAAAUCUGAGCCCAGGGCUGGGCUUGGGAUGGGAACGCUCCAAAUCUGAGCCUGGGGAUGGGCUUCAGAUGGGAACGCUCCAAAUCUGAGCCUGGGGAUGGGCUUCAGAUGGGAACGCUCCAAAUCUGAGCCUAGGCUGGGCCUGGGGAUGGGGAACAACCCAAAACUGAGCCUACGACUGGGAUUGGGGAUGGGAACAGCCCCAAACUGAUCCCAGAGCUUCACCGGGUUUGGCUUCUGGGAAUUGGUCCAAAUCUGGUCCCAGGGCCUGCUUGAGCUCAGAUCUGGGGAAUGGCCCAGCUCUGGUCCCAGUGUUUGACCAAGCUCAGAUCCAGGGAAUAAGCCCAGCUCUGAUCCUGGGCUCAGAUCCAGGGAAUAAGCCCAGCUCUAAUCCCAGGGCUCAGCCAAGCUCCAGUCCAAGGACUCAGCCUAACUCUAUUCCAGGACUUGGCCAAGCUCUGCUCCGGGGCCUGGCCCUGCCCCCUCUGUGCCUGCCAGGAUUUUUGUGUCAAGGACAUUCCAGAACAUUCCAGGGCUGGCCCAGGGCUCUGCUGUCCGGGGAGUUGAGAUAAAAUCACAAAGAAA